UUGUCAGAUUUGCUUCUUCCGCAGAAGGUGAAAAACAUGAUAAAAAUCCGCACAAUGACAGUCAAUAAAGCCAGAGCUUUACCAAGUUUUUAAUACUUAAAAUAUAAACUUACCAAAGUUUUGUAUUUUUUUAGAAAGUUCAACACUUGCCCCUUGGGUCUAGUCGCACACCGACCCACACGCCAUGGCCGGGCUGGACAUUCCGCUGACGGAAAUCGUGUACACCAAUGCACAGGUGAUGGCUGAUGAAUACGGUAUGAAGAUCAAGAUGACGCACCCGCCUCUGAAGAAAAAGACAAAUUUGCCCAUGUUGGAUAAGCUGAUAGUAAAUAUGUGUCUGGAAUGCAAGAAGCCCAUUCCUCUUCGAGACUUCAAAGCUUUCUGCUGGACCACACUGGCGCAGAUUGACGACGAGGACCUGGAGGACGAGCCGAUCACGACCGUCAGCGACUCGCGCAGCAUGUGCUGCCCCAACUUCUUCCUGCCCGAGAACGACGAGCACGACGAGGUGUUCAGGGAGAUCGACCUCAAGUACGCCGAGAACUCGAGGCGCUGGACGGAAGAUGGCGUCACGGAGUAUGAUUUCUCCUCCGUUGUCUACCCCACCCACGCUGGGAAUUUUAGAUUAACCUACAGUAUGAGAUUUCAUAUACCGGAAGAAAACAAAACAUAUGUUUGGGCUAAUGACUACGACAACGAUGCUAUCGUCACCGUGACACAGGCUAAUAGUACAAACCUCUGGAAUGAAGAGCCUUCAUCAGCACAGAUCACACAGAACAUGUACCUGGGCAACUACCUGGCUGUACUAGGGGCGGACGACGAGGGCUUCGAUGCCGUGCUCAACCUGGACGAGAGCACGCAGGAGAAGAUGGACCACAUGGUCACCAAAAUCCUCAGAGCUUACCACUUGUCCGACGUUGACCCGGGCGCCGGGAACGAGAUCUCGUCGGAUCAGAUCCAAAAUAUCGUCAAAUGGCUGUGGAACGCCUACCCAAAGUUCAAGAAAAUCCUUGUCGGGGACCACGAAGGCAUUGGUGGAGCCGGAAGUGCAAUGACGUCAUACAUCUUCGCUAAUAACCCCAACUUAACCUUCGAAGAAGCUUACAAAUACGUUUGUAAGAGAAAGUUUGUCUACUGCCAUAAGGGUCUCAAGUAUAUUCUCAACAAGGCUUAUCCUAGAGAUUAGAACUCAUCUACCAAUAUUCUAUAUCGAUUUACUUAAUAUAAUAACUGUGUAUAUAUAGGACUAUAUAGUUGUAUACAUACAUAUAUGUGUGUGUAUAUAUAUAGCGUCAUUGUCCUAUUUUCUAGUAAAGAAAGUACAUUUUUAGUGUAUUUCUUCCUUACCCAAGAUCAUAGCAUCUAUAGUCUUACACAAUAAUGGAAUGUUCAAGAUGGAUCAUACAUUUUCUUUGUCCAAUUGAUAUAUUUCCGCUGGACAAAAGCAACUUAUUGGAAAAUUAAUAAACUCACACCAAAUUCUAUUUGAUGAUGCUUUUAUAUUUUCUUUUUAAAAAAUUUUGAUUCACAUUUUCUUGGUUAUUUUGACAUCAAUAUUUGUUAUUACAAAAUGUAAUCAUACUCUCAUACAAU